UUUUUCGUCACGAUAAUUAAUUAUUUGAUUUGAUUUCACUCAGAGAGGCUUCUAUUUCUGUUUCCUUGCAUCUUUGCGGCCUCUACACUCUGAUAAAGGCUUUUUUUCACAAAGAGAGAGAGAGAGAGAGACUGAGAGAGUGUUUUAGACAGAGAAUGUGAAGCUCCGAUUCAGUGCUUUAAUCAGAUUUGACGACGAUAUAGAGGAAGAAACUUCGAUCGCAACUCAAUCCGGUUUUAGACGGAGAAAGUGAAUUCUGAGAGGGAAAUCCACAAGAGUGUGUUUUGCAGGGUUUAAGCUUAAUCGGAAUUCAAGAGAGAGGUUCCGAGUCGGCAGCAUUUCGACCGCGUUUUGAUCUGGUCUUUGAGAGAUGAACGGGGCGGGGAGGCAGGGGCAGAGAUCUGGUGCUGCGGGGGUGCACCACCAGCGCCAGUACUCGGGAAACUUUCUGGAUAAUUCGUCCAAUGAUCGCUGGCUUCAGUCCACUGGUCUUCAGCACCUCCAUUCCUCCAGCUCUUCCAUUCCUCCUCUUCAGCAGGACCACGGGUUCUAUGGUGCUGGUGGUGGUGGAGGAGGAGGGCGGGGGUCGAUGAUGUAUAGGAAUGGGCAAAGUGGAUUAAGUGGAGGAAAUGAGUUUUACUUGGAGCCAUCAACGCCUCCCGGUAACUCUCGGUCGAGGAAGAAUGGUGAAGAUUCGACCAAUGAGUUCAGUCCGGGACUCUUGGAUCUGCAUUCUUUCAAUACAGAGCUUCUAACCGAGAUGCCGGUCUCUGGUCUGUAUGAUGGUGCUUCUAUGUAUCAUCAUAUUCGUGGCAGAAGCUUUGAUGACACUGAUCCCUACAUUUCAAACAACAAACAAACUGGCAGAACUCGUGGUCUGCCGGAAAACAACCUCAUGAAGAGCUUCACAACAGAUAAAGAGAAAUCCAGUUCUAUAGCAAAGAUUAAAGUUGUGGUGCGCAAGAGACCACUUAAUAAGAAGGAAUUGGCAAAGAAUGAGGAAGAUAUUAUAGAGACACAUUCUAAUUCCCUUACAGUUUAUGAGACAAAACUUAAGGUUGACCUUACAGAAUAUGUGGAGAAGCAUGAAUUUGUUUUUGAUGCAGUGCUGAAUGAGGAGGUCUCAAAUGAUGAGGUGUAUCGUGAGACAGUCGAGCCCAUAGUUCCCAUAAUUUUUCAACGCACAAAAGCUACUUGCUUUGCAUAUGGGCAAACAGGGAGUGGAAAAACUUAUACAAUGAAGCCAUUACCCCUCAAAGCAUCACGUGAUAUCUUGAGGUUGAUGCAUCACACUUACCGGAAUCAAGGCUUUCAGUUGUUUGUGAGCUUCUUUGAGAUAUAUGGAGGAAAACUAUAUGAUCUCCUCAAUGAUAGGAAAAAACUUUGCAUGAGAGAGGAUGGGAAGCAGAAAGUUUGCAUUGUUGGCUUGCAAGAGUACAAAGUAUCAGAUGUGGAAACAAUUAAGGAGCUCAUUGAGAAAGGAAGUUCCACAAGAAUUACUGGAACAACUGGUGCAAAUGAGGAAUCCUCCCGUUCACAUGCCAUACUUCAGCUUGCUAUCAAGAGGUCAGUUGAUGGCAGUGAGUCAAAGCCACCUCGUGUUGUUGGAAAGCUCUCCUUUAUAGAUCUUGCUGGAAGUGAACGUGGUGCAGACACUACAGAUAAUGACAAACAGACAAGAAUGGAAGGUGCUGAGAUCAAUAAGAGCUUACUUGCAUUAAAGGAAUGCAUUAGGGCUCUUGACAAUGACCAGGGUCAUAUUCCUUUCAGAGGCAGCAAAUUGACAGAAGUACUGAGGGAUUCAUUUGUUGGUGACUCGCGCACGGUUAUGAUAUCAUGCAUAUCACCAAGCUCCGGGUCAUGUGAACAUACUCUGAAUACAUUAAGAUAUGCUGACAGAGUGAAGAGUCUUUCGAAGGGAACCAAUCCUAAGAAGGAUAUAUUAUCAUCAACAUUCAACCUUAAGGAAUCAACUACUGUGCCCUUGUCUUCAGUUCCUGCAUCCAACUUUGAGGAGGAUGCAUCUGACUCAUCACCUGAACAGACUGAAAGGGAUGAUUUUGAUGCAUCUGAAGAGCCCUAUCAGGUAGGAAACCCUUUUUGGAAGAAGAAUUGGAAGAUAGAGUCGUACAAUCUCUCUACUUCAGAGGACAGAAUAAGGAAGCCGAAUGGUCAGACUAAAUGGAAGGACCUGCCAAAAUUUGAAUCCAAGAACUCUCAUUCAGAUGAUUAUCUGUCUGCCCUCUUACAGGAGGAGGAAGAUCUUGUAAAUGCUCACCGAAAACAAGUAGAGGAGACAAUGAGUAUUGUUAGAGAGGAGAUGAACCUGCUGGUUGAGGCUGACCAACCAGGGAAUCAUCUGGACGAUUAUAUUUCCAGAUUGAAUGCUAUUCUAUCCCAGAAGGCUGCAGGCAUCCUGCAACUACAAAAUCGUUUGGCUCAUUUCCAGAAGAGUUUGAAGGAGCAUAACGUUUUAGAAUCUACUUGUGGUUACUGAUUUCAUUUGGAGGGGGAAUGCCAGUGAAUCAUACAGGGUCAAAAUCAUUUUAAGAAUAACGGGGUUAUGCCGUUUUCGAUUCUAAUUGGAGCAUUAUGCGAUGCGGCAUCUCGUGGCAGCGUGCUGGAUUAUUCACUACUCAAGUCUCUGUCUUUGGUAAUGUUUGCUGGAUUUGAGGGUUGGAGUUUUUCCUUUGAUUAAGAGGUUCAAGUUCUCUUUCAUGGUAUAUUAUAGAUAUAAUUCUUUUUUCCCCCAUAAGCAAGCUAUGGACAAGAUGUUGGAUUCAUAUGCCGAGUGGCAUGCUUCUGUAAAGAUUUACAGCACUGUAAUUUGACAAUAAAUUGAAUGGUUCUUGUUUGAA